UGUGGUGUUAGAAUCUCUCGCUGACGGUGGUGUAAUGAUGGGACUUCCACGUGAAGUUUCGCUAGAAUUAGCAGCUCAAGCUCUUCAAGGUGCAGCACGUAUGGUUCUUAAAACUGGCAAACAUCCGGCUGAGAUCAAGGAUAGUGUUACAACUCCGGCAGGAUGUACAAUUGCUGGAUUACUAACAAUGGAAGAUGGCAAAAUUCGUUCUACAUUAGCAAGAGCUGUACAAGAAGCUGUCAAUGUUGCAUCUACUUUGGGAAAG